AUGGUAGUCGAUGACAAACGGAGAUCCCUCAUAGUAGCCACAGCAGGUCACUUCUUUGGUGUGAACUUGGAAGACGAACAAACUAUCAAGGACGAAGAAUCGGUGCUUGAUAAUUUCCUGGAUAGAUCCACGUGUAGAACACUUUGUGCACAACCGGAUACUGAGUACGAAGGAACGUCAUUGAAGCUCAGUAAUGAAUUACCUGUUGGCAGAAAUACCUUGGUCUUCUUCAAGGUAAAAGAGGCGCCAGUGACAGAAACAAAUUUCCACGACCUCGUUCACGUGACUACAACAGGCAGCGGCAAAGGAUCAACCUUAGUCGAGGCUCUUCGUCAAGUAUGGGUACCCACCCUUCGAUCUUCCGGUCUCGAUUCUUCGUAUCUGAAGAAGUUGGAGGAGAACCUGCUUGGUUCAUCAGCCACGACUUCGGUUUUCGAGGAGGAGGAUUAUUGGAGAAAGAGAUGGGAAGACGCGAAACGUUCGCACGAUAGAACGAUCUUUGCAGAAACCGUGAAAACGUUGAAAAGCAUCAGGGCGGAAUUAGAGAGUGCGGCGGUGUCCAGGGAUGGAUUGAUCGGGGUGGAGGAUGCUGUCGAGGCAGUUUCGGGAUACGUGGACGAUUUAUGGAAAUUAGGGGAUGCUGUGUACUCGGAAGAGCGUAUGAAAUCUUUUCUGAACGUCAUCGGGGAUGAGGUGGUUUCCCUUGUGCAAAAUACAAUCGACGAGAUCCGAGUGCCGGAUGAUCGAGUGAAGAUCGAAGCGAUAUUAACAGGUGCGGAGAUCUGCGAAAAGUGGGCAAAUAUGGCAGAGAGAUUUACCACCUUGUUUUGGCCUCAUCACUCGCUGCAUUCCUGGAAGGGUGCGAGUUAUGUUCCUGAAAGGUGUUCACGAAUUGGCAAACGACUUAGAGAGAUUGCAGAAUUACGUGCUCAGUAUCGACAACUAACCAGACUUCUAACACCCAGCGAAAGAUCUGGACUCGGUACAGAUUCCUUGAUGCAAUGUUUCGAUGACGUUAAAGUUGUCUUCAACGACGACGAGAAAAAUGUCGAUUGGAAUCGACUGAAAAAAAAAAUCGAAGAAGGUUUAAUACCCGCUGAGGAUCGCGUUGCACAGAAACUGAAAUCGCAAAUUGCUGAUGCUACCACGCCUAAUUCAUUAUUGGCUGAAUUCCGACGAUACUUCGAGUUGAUGAAGAGGGACGGCCUGAAACGUGCUCUUCGAGGAGAACGAGAGGCACUGCUCUCUGCCUAUGCGGAUCUCAUUGAAAGUUGCCUGGCUGGUCCCGACACCGUCGACUUGUUAGACACCCCCAGAAUUCUUCAAGAAGUCCAAUCCGCAAGGUCAGCCGAGCUCCGUCUGGAAAGUUUAAACAAAUUAGGCAAAGAACUACUAUUAGACCUCCCUGGCUACGAAGAGGUCUCCUCAAGAGUAACAACAGCGCAAAAGGACGUCGAGAAGAAGAGACAAAGCCUCGUCGACACUUGGACAGAGGAAACGAAAGAGGCGGUGGAAAGAAAUGAAUUAACCUUGGGCACCGACUCAGCAGUGGUGGAGUUAACGGGAACCAGUAUGAUGAGGGUAACAUACGAUCCCAGACUGAUGACCUUGAUUAGAGAAGCCAGAGCUCUGUCGAGUCAAGGUAUCGAACUUCCACGAGAAGUUAGGGACCUCGUUGAGAGGGCAGGGUCACUGGCGGGUCGUGCUCGAGCUCUUCAACAAGUUGCCACUUUCCAUAACACCAUCGGCGAUCGCAUGGUGCCGUCUCAGCGACCUUUGAUGCUGACGACCGCCUUGGAGCUGGCUCGAGCUGUUCAGGAACAGAACGGGGUUGUUUGGUCCGAUCCUCAGGCGGUUGAUGCUUAUACUGCCAGAUUGAAGGAACUGGUAAGAAAGUUUGCGCAACAAAACUCCGAGCUGGCAGCAAAACACAACUUGCUCCGAGAUCUCGUGUCCAAUUUGCUAAAAGGAGACACUGUUAAUUUGAUUGGAAAUUUCAACACAUGGAAAGAGACAUUAAUGAACAUGAGGACGACUGUCGAUACGGUGGAGGCUGAAUACGGGAACACGACAGCGUGGAAAUUGCAUUGGGACCGACAAUUGUUAAAAGCCUUAGGUGUAGCUUACAGAGGAGCGUUGCCGACUUUGCUGAAGAAGUUAUCGGAAAUUAAAGUGGAACUGACGUUUCGGGAUGGAUGUUUGCAAUGGCGACCGCCGCUCGAGGAGAUACGAGCGAAAUUGUACUCGUCGAUUCGUCGAUCGCUGUCGAUCCCCAUGAAUUUCAGAGGCGUCGGAGACGCGGCGGAAGCACAUUUUAGCGACCUCAUUCAAAGGAGCGGCUAUCUCUUCGGCGGCGUCUACAAACAGGCCGAAAUUGCGCUUUCCGCUCUGGAAACGCUUCGAAUGAAAUGGCUGUAUUUGGCUGCCCCAGCGAAAAUCGAUGUUGCUGAACGGUUGAAAGGACGAUCACCACAGGAAUGGACAAGGGCCUUCAAAGACGCCAAACAAUGGGCACAAGAGGUGGGCAGAUUACGAGGUAACGAGGUGAAAAUUUGGUGCAUCAGCGUGGACACAGCGACAACCAGGAACGAUUUAGAAUCAGCUUCGCGUCGUUACUGGGAACGUCUCUGUUCCGAUUUAAGGGUGGAAGCCUCAUCGAGAUUAGUGGCAAUCGUAGAAUUUCUUUCAUCAGCGUCCAAGGAACUCGAACGAAGACCUCGAAACGUGGAGGAAGUCGGAGUAGCUUAUGAAGCUCAUGCACGAAUCGAAGAGCAAUCUUCUGGCAUGGCCGAGGAAAUGGACGCCAUUGUUGGUCUUUCUAAAGUACUCGCUGCAUGGACUAGCGAGAAACUUGAAGGUGUCAGUGCAGCGUACACAGCAUGGCAGGACCUAACCGACCGCCUAGAGCGCCACAAAACAGUAAUAAGUCGAGAACUCGAGGACGCGAAAGUGAACCUACGACACAGAGCAGUAGCCCUGCGAGACGAGAUCGAAAGAUGGCAAGCAAAAUGGACGUCCAAGCCAGAGAUCCCCAGUUUGGACUGGGUCAUCUCCAUGCGAGAGAGAUGGACGAACCUAAAAGAACAACAAGAUGUCCUGAAAAACGACUGUCAAAGAAUCGGUCUGAACGUCGACGACAUUCUAGAGGACAACGAAGAAAGUAUGAAGAAACUGGAGCUGCAACUAGACCUGGAGGAGUCGAACUGCAGAUUCCAGGCAGAGUUUCUGGAGGAGUUGAAGAACCAGGAGGAGGAAGAGUGGACCGUCGCGAGGAGGAGGCUACCCAGACUGCACGAUUGGCUCGAUUCCUGGGAAAAUAGGAUCAGAGUUCAGUUAAAGGAUGAAUCGAUGAAGAAGGAUAGUUUGGAGAUGGAUACGUUUGUGGGUAGAAAAGUGCGCGAAGUUAGGGCUGGUAUAGAGUGGUUGCAACUUUUACGGGGGGAUGAGAUCGCGGAGGAACAUUGGGGAGAACUAAUGCCGCUUUUGGAUUUGAAGAGCGUGAAGAAUGCGAGGGAUAUCACGUUGGGUCAUCUGUUUCGCGCUGUUGACAAGAUUCAAGAGAACACGGAAAAGAUAAAGGAAAUAACGAAAAGAGCUGCGGCAGAAAGUGGUAUUCGUCAAGGGUUGAUGGAACUAGAGUCCUGGGAAGCAUCGUCUUAUCUUCAAAUUCAGGAAGCAAAAGAUAGUAGGAAUGCUAGUAUACUUCUUGUUGAUGAUUAUGGCAGCUUACUAGCCAGGGCAGGUGAACUGAGGUUACUACUGGAGGGUGUGAAAGGAGCCGCAGGAUACGAGAGAUUCGCGACAAGGGUUGCAAGAUGUGAAGCAGGAUUGUACGAAGUUGAAGAGAGAAUAAAAGUCUUGAGCACGAUACAAAGAAAAUGGGUAUAUUUAGAACCAGUUUACGAAGGAGGGGCAGCUCCAAAUGAUACUGGGAGGUGGUCGAGGGCUAACAAAGAAUUUAGGUACUUAAUGGGAGAGGUAUCCCGAGAUCCAAGGGUAUCUUCUUUGAGACGGCUUCCUCUUUCAGCUUUUGCAAACUUGAAGGACCUCCUCGAUCGAUGCCAGAGAAGCCUCGAUGAAUAUUUAGAGGAGAAACGAUCAUCCUAUCCGCGUCUGUACUUCCUCAGCGACGAAGACCUUUUGGAAUUAGUGUCAGCCAGUGGACGAGGCUUGGAAACUCAUCUACCGAAAUUGUAUCAGGGCGUCGGCUCGAUAAUAAAGGACGAUAAUGGACUGACGGCCGUAGUGUCGCCAGAAGGUGAAAUAUUACAGUUAUCCAACCCCGUCGAUCUUCGCGAUCCAUUACCACGAUGGUUGAGCAACCUGGAAGAAGCUAUGAAAAAUGCUCUUCGACAAAGCUUGGAGAAAUGUUUGGUUGACGUUACUCCUGAUCCAUCUGCCUAUCCAACUCAAGUUUUGCUACUGGCGGAGAGGAUUCGUUUCACGGAACGCUGCGAGGCGGCUUUAAAGGAAGGUCGAUCGGCUUUGAAGAAUUUGGUUGAAUAUCUGGAGACACAAAGAGCGAGAUACAGAGGCUUGGAAGAUGCUGGUGACAAAUUGACGGCAUUGAAAGCACGUGGCCUUCUUUUGGACGUUGUUCAUCAUCUGGAGGUAGCUAGGAGCCUUUUGAACGUCACUCUUCGAGAGGAAAGCGCCGUUUGGACCUGGCAGAGACAACUAAGAAGCUAUAGAACUAAUAAAGGACCAGUGGUGCGUUGCGCUGCAGCAGAGUUUCCGUACCGCUUCGAAUAUCAGGGUGCAGCGGUCGGUUUGGUUCAAACACCAUUGACUGAAAGGUGUUUCUUGGCUCUCACUCAAGCCAUGAAACUUGGUUUGGGUGGAAGCCCAACUGGGCCAGCUGGAACUGGAAAAACUGAAAGCGUCAAAGCACUUGGAGCUAUUCUGGGAAGACUUGUGUUAGUCUUUAAUUGCGAUGAGGGAAUGGACACCGGAAGCAUGCGACGAAUUCUUGGCGGUUUAGCUCAAGCCGGUGCAUGGGGUUGUUUCGACGAGUUCAAUCGCCUCGAGGAGGAAACCCUAAGCGCUGUGGCGAUGUUGGUCAGGCCUCUUCAAGAAGCUGUUCGCGAUAGUUCACCUCAAGUUUUGUUAGGCGACCAGAAAGUGAAUCUCGACCCACAUUGUUGCGUGUUCAUCACGAUGAACCCUGCAGGCUCAGAAUACGGUGGACGUCGCAAGCUGCCAGAUUCUUUGGCUCGGCUGUUCAGACCCAUCGGAAUGGCUCAUCCGGAUAGAUCUGACAUCGUGAAAACUUUAUUGGAGUGUGCUGGAUUUUUGGAUGCUUCGAUGCUCGCGAAACAACUUGUGGAAGCGUUUGAUAUCGCGGAGAUUCUUCUUUCUAAUCAGCCGCAUUAUGAUUGGGGACUUAGGACGUUUAGAUCUGUGCUCGAUGCCAUUCCGGUGAGGUCAGAUAUGGAUGAGACUAGCAGACUUGUAGCCGCGAUCCGUGCAUCAACGUUGCCUAAAUUGACAGCAGAAGACACUCCAAAGUUUCUUUCGUUGUUAGAAGACGUAUUCCCGAAGGUGAAUCCUUCAACGUCCACAUUUAUCGAAAGACAGGAUUUGCAGAACGUGUUGAUGGAGCUUUGCGCUGAUCAAGAAUUUGGCAAAGAAACGGCAAACAGAUGCAUUCAGUUAAAUGAUCAAUUGAGAAGCAGAACCGGUGUAGCCAUUGUGGGUCCACCAGGAAGUGGCAAAACAAUUAUCAGGAAAUUGCUGUGCGAUGCGUUGACGAAAAUCGGUGAAACUGUUGUGCAGUUUCAUGUGUUUCCUGGCGCUAUGCCCAAGUCGAGGCUUCUAGGAAGAGUUGAUCCUCAAACGAGGGAAUGGAAAGAAGGACUUCUAUCUAGCGCAGUGGCAUCAGCUGGUGAUUCGACAACUUGGAUCAUCUUCAACGGCGACGUCGAACCAGAUUGGGCCGAAGCUUUGAAUUCUGCUUUGGACGACAAUCGAUUGCUAACUUUACCCAACGGCGUGGGUGUGAAACUUGGUUCAGGAACAAAAUUUAUCUUCGAAACACAUAAACUUGAUGGUGCCAGUCCAGCAACAGUUUCGAGGUUAGGGGUCGUUCACUUAGGUACCAUAAGUCCAUCUUCAUUGCUGAUAUCAUCGCGAUUGAGAACACUUCCUGAAGCAGCGAAGGAAGUGACAAAUUCUCAUCUUUGUCUUUGUAUCGAGGAGUGUUUGAAGAUCAAUGCAGACGUUUCUUCAGCACCGGGUUUGAUGAAUUCUGCACUCUGCCAUUUAAUGAACGCUCGAACUCACACUUCGGCUUCCUAUGGUCUGCUGGCGUCUUUAUGCAGUCAAAUAGAAGAUGAAAAUCAGAGAAACGAGCUGGCACGCUUUAUUUAUCAAUCGACAGAUUGCUGGUGUCCAAAUCCACAGAAACCAUGUUAUGUUUUGUAUAACGAGGAUAUUGAUCGAUUGGAAGAUGCAGGGGAGGCUGAUCGAGCGAUUGACACUGAAGAUGGCCCUAUUUGUCUUUCAGGCGCAAUGAAAGGGGCGUUAUCAUCCGUUUUACCGUGGAUCAAGAAUAAUCAGUCCAUCAUGAUAAGGGGUCCAGAUGGUUGCGGGAAAAGUGCCUUGAUAUCUGUCAUACUUUCUUCCAUUCGGAGCAACGAGCCAUCGACUUUGAUAAAAGGUUCAUCCCUCUACGGACCCCAGGACCUUGUGAUGAAAUUGAAAAGGGGUUGCGUUCAAUUGAAUUCAUCUUCCCACGGACGAACGUACAAACCCAGGAACGGAUCGAGGGUCGUGUUAAUCCUGGAAGAUCUACAUCUUGCAUCAAAGCAGUUACAAGAGCUGGUGCGAGAGUUGAUGCAAGAAGGAGGAUUUCACGAAGAAGAUUUAGAAUUCGCUAGAGUGCCUUUGACCAUUAUAUGCACUGCUGAUGAAACGAGCAGAUUGCAUCCGAGACUGGAAGCGCUUUUGUGUACUCAUUAUCUACCAUAUCCAAGUUCGAAAGACAUCGCAGCCAUUUUGGAGCUUCAUCUAAAGAGUUCCUUGAAAGGGAAUAACACCGUGAUCGAAUCUUGGAUCGCACAGAUGGUACCAGUUAUGCUCGAAGCUUUUAAAUCGAUCAAAUCUUCUCAUGGAAACGUUUGGACUCCCAAGGAUUUGAUUUUGUGGGCAGAUAGCUUGAAAUAUUAUCCUUCGCCAGAAAAUGAAACGAAUAUUACGGAGUAUUUGCUGGAUGCUGGAAGAAGACUGUUUAAUCCAAGACUGACGUCGAAGGACCAAUCCCGGUGGGAAUCCAUAAUCCUCUCGAAGACGUUGAAAACCCUGAUGCCAGGAAGCGACGUGUACAUAUGGAAACGCGGGAACAACGGGUUACUUCCGUCGGACGAGGAACAGUGGCGGAAUGAGAUAAUUAACGCUGCAGCGAGAUGUGCCAGAGAAGGCGAUCCUGUGCAAGCAUCGAUUUCAUCUCACCUGUUGCGCACUGUGGCCGGAUUGAGCUGGGCUUUCGGAACGAACUUACGAGGUGUAAUUCUAAUUGGACGACCUGGAGCUGGAAGAAAGUCGGCAGUGAGACUCGUUGCUAACUUUUCGUCUCUUCGAUUACUGGAUUCUGGACCUGGUCGUGGUCGAGCAUCGAUGAAAACUGCAGUUCAGCUGGCUGGCAUUGAUGGAGAACCUACAUUGCUUUUGCUGGAGGAGCAUCAUAUGAGAGAGGAUGGAUUGGCUGUGUUGGCGAGUGCAAUUGUAUCCCGAGGAGAACUUCCAGGUUUAUUUACAGUAGAAGAACUCGACGGUUUAAUAGCGCCGUUGGCUGACGUGGCGAGACGAGAAGAUUUUUCGGGAACGUUGGAACAGUACCUGUAUCAUCGUUUACGAAAUUACCUCCGUGUCGCAAUAAUCCUGGACACCAGCGAGAUGCGUUCAUCAUGGCUACCUCGUUCCGGGCUCCUCAGGAGCUGCGUCCUGAUCGGUCCAGGCAUAAACAAUGAAUGGUGGACCUGGGAGAGUUCGUUGAUCGACUUAGCCUGCAGACAAAAUGGCGUGGAUCCCGAAGAAGCCAAUGAACAAGCGGGUAUCAAAGUGAUGGUGAAGGCGCAUCUUCAAGCACCUCGACAGCAACAAGCUCCAGCGAGAUUCUUCGCGUUGUUGCACACCUGGAAGCACUUACACGUGUCCUGGAGCGAGGAGGUGGAGCAGAAAUUGAACAGCCUCGAAGCUGGCAUCGGAAAAUUGAAAGAAGCCGGCGAACAAGUGGCUAAGUUGGAGGAUGAAGUCUCGAAGCAACGUCAAGAGCUGGAGGCUGAACAAGGUCGAGCUAACGCAGCCCUCGAGCAAAUAACAGCCACCAUGCGAGGAGCCACAGGUCAAAGAGGAGAGAUGGUGAAUUUAAAAGCAGAAACCGAACGCGAGAGUGCAGAGCUUGCACGUAGAAAGGCGGAUAUAGAAGGAGAAUUAGGAAAGGUAGAGCCAUUAGUGGAACAAGCAGCUCAGGCAGUGGCUGGUAUUAGUGCUGAUGCAUUAGCAGAAGUUCGUUCUCUGAGAGCACCUCCAGCCCCAGUUAGAGAUGUUCUGGAAGGGGUUCUUAGAUUAAUGGGUAUAAAGGACACGUCUUGGAACAGCAUGAAGACAUUCCUGGCGAAACGAGGGAUUAAAGACGAAAUUAGAACGUGGGACGCGAGGAGGAGUACACCAUCGAGUCUGGAGGCUGUUGCCAAGUUGGUCAAGGAGCGUCCAGAUAGUUUUGAGGAGAAAACCGCGAAACGAGCUUCGGUUGCCGCUGCGCCUUUGGCUGCGUGGGUCCUUGCGAAUCUUCAAUAUGGCCAAAUUCUUCAGCAAGUGGCGCCUCUGGAGCGCGAACAACGGCAACUUGCUGAACGUCUGUCAGCAGCCGAAGCUCAGAUCGGCAAAUUGGAAGCCGGAUUGAAUACAGUAGAGAGUCGCGUUGCUCAGCUUCAAGAACAACUCGCAGAACACUCGAGGGGUGCAGCUGCUCUUCAGCUGCGAACAGAGGCAACAGAGGCAAGACUAGCAACUGCCAGGGCAUUGUUACAGAAAUUGGACACCGAACAUCGUGAUUGGCAAACGCAACUAGAAGAAUUAACUGCCAGAAAGGAGAGAUUGGAUGUUGAAGCUGCUAACGUGGCAUCUUUACUGGUUUAUGAAGAUCCCGGAAGAGACGACAAAUGGAAGAAAUCCGCCAUCGAUCUCCUCAUAACCGAAAGAGAAAGACUGCUCUGGCGAGCGCAGGGUCUACCAGUGGACACCGGAAGCCUAGUCGGCGCAUCCUGCGCCCUGAGAGGUCCACUGGUCCCCAUAUUCGUCGAUCCAUCAGGAUUAGCAGUCUCCUGGUUGAGAAACAACGUUGGUUCCCGAAUGGAAAUCACGAAACCAGAGGAUGCCAAGUUCCUCACCACUUUGGAGAUGGCUGUGAGAUUUGGAAAGCCGUUGCUGGUGGAGGAACUUGUGCAAUUCCCGUCGAUAUUAUUGCCGCUGUUACGAAGGCGUCCUCUGAGACUGGGCGAGCGAACUUUACCUGCUCCUCAAGGCUUCAAACUGUUCCUGGCCACUAGACGAGACAAAUUGGAUGGCUUCCCGAAGGAAGUUGACGCGGUGCUCUUCAAGAUCGCACUAGGGGCGGGCAGCAAGAGCCUCGCAGAGAGGUUCGUCGAAAAAGUUUUGUUAAAGGAGACACCUGAGCUGGCGACACAAAGAAAGGAGGCGUUAGAACGGGAAGAAAAAUUAUCAGGAGAACGGGACACGGCAAGAUUGGAUCUGUUGGCGCAGCUGGCUACAGCCAGAGGUCAAGAUCUUCUUCAGGAGUCUGAAGGAUCUCAAGGAGGGCUUUUGUCGUCGUUGCAGGCCACUCAAUCAAAAGCCAAAGAAAUCGCGGCGGCCCUCCAGGAAAGUCGACGAAGCUUCGAAGACGUUACCAGGAGAGCCAAAGAGCACGAGAAGUUAGCAAAAUUCGCAGCCAGUUUAUACAAAACGGUGAAAGCACUGACAGCUUUGAGUCCUCUAUACGUAUUUUCUGCGGAAGCAUUCACCGACAUUUAUUUGGAAGCGGAAAGUUACAGAGGUUCAAUACUCUCCGAGGACAAGAGGGAACAAGACAAAGCAAUCGAAAAACGAUUAAUAAGUUUGACUCUGCAUUACUGCUCGAAAGCGGUGUACAGAAAGCACCGUCUCCAGCUGGCUCUACAAUUAGCCCUCUCCCUGAACUCCGUGCCAGAUGCCGAACAGAGAUUCCUGUUGGAAGAAGUUCCAUUAAACGAUGACGAAGACCCUGAUUAUAAGGUUCCCGAUUGGAUCCCCGAAGAACGACGUUUAUCUGUUCGAUCUCUGGUGUCAUCGUUCCCUCAAAUAGCCGCCAGAAUGAAGCCGGCGUGGUUGAACGACGUCAACAACAUCUACGCUGAGAAUGGAUUAACCACGUUCCAGAAAAUUUUACUGAUAAAAACUCUGCGUCCAGAUUAUCUGCACACGGCGCUCUCGAAACUAGCCGCCGAAGUAUUAGGUGUGAAGGAUUUGUCACCUCCUAAUUGGUCCCUGAGGAAAAUUGCGGAACAGGAAACGUAUCCUGUGCUGUUGCUGCUGUCGCCAGGAGCGGACCCUGGAUCGGAACUUAGGGCACUGGCGAAUAAUCAGGUGGCAUCGGCUACGGGGUUCAUUGAAGUGUCUUUGGGACAAGGUCAAGUUGCUCAGGCUGAACUUGCUCUGGAAAAUGCUUGUCGGAAUGGUAGUUGGAUACUGCUCAGCAAUCUGCACCUGGCCUUGAAUUGGCUGCCCCGUUUGGAGAGUCUCUUACGAUCGCCGAUGUGCACCACCACCAAAAACCCCAGCACGAGAAUUUGGUUAACCACCGAGGAAUGUUCCGGUUUCUACCCGAGUCUGGCUGGUCUGUGCUCGAAGCUGGCGUACGAGCCCCCGGAAGGUGUGAAGAGGAACGUGAAGAGGUCGUUGCAGCAACUACAGCAGAAACAGAAGAACGCGAACGUCGCCGGCACAGUUUUGUUGUCCUGGCUUCACGCGAUUCUUCAGGAACGUCGAAAGUUCGUUCCUCAAGGAUGGAUCAGGUCUUACGAGUGGAACGAGGCGGACUUGGAGGCUGCUUACGAGUUGAUAGUCAAAGAAACGAGUUCGAGCAUGGGCAGAGACAAGGAUGGCGGCUGGCAGACAGGAAGGGGACUGCUGGACGUGGCGGUUUAUGGUGGUCGCAUUCAGGAUGAGUACGACAGCAGAGCGCUGUGCUCGAUCGUUAGGGAUAUUUGGUCAGUCGAGGUGUUUGAGGGUCGACGGAAGUUGGCGGGAGUUUUGAAGAUUGCGGGGAAUUCGUUUGAGGAUAUGAUUAGGGCUUUGGAGAACCUUCCUGAUAGUGAUUCGCCUAAGGAGUGCUUUGGACUGCCGGCUAACGCGCAUAGGGCUUGGGAACGGGCGGCGGCUGAAGCAGUGCUGGCGCAUUUGAAAGGUGUUUUAAUCAAAGUGUCGCACAGUGACGAAAAGCACAACAGAACGAUAGAAUCAAAAAUCCAAAAAGAUCUGAAGGAAUUAAUAGAUCGUCAUGGUUCGAUCUUUGGAUCAUCGAUUUACAUAGAAAAUGAUGGAAAAUACGAUCAAUUGCAACGUUUCUUUGUCGAUGAGAUGAAUCUGACUAAGAAAACACUGAAUCUUGUUCGAAAUGAUGUGGAAACAUCUCGUUUGGAGGACUCUAAGACUCCAAAACACUGGAUGGAAGAUUGGAAAUAUGGACCCAAGGAAAUAAUACCUUUCGUUAAAGGACUGUUAUCCAAAUACCAAACCCUCGAAUCGAUUGUGUCGAUUUCUUCAACCGUGAUCGAUAUCUCGCGUUUGGUUAGACCGCGCGCGUUUCUCACUGUUCUAAAACAACAUACUGCGAGAGAAACGGGUCAACCUUUAGAAAAUCUUCGACUUCGAGUGAACUGGUUCGAAAAUCAUAGAAACAAAGACUGGAAGGUGUCGAUGGUCAUCGAUGGACUAUUAAUAUCAGGUGCAUUGAUCGAAGAGGGUGUCCUCAGGGAUCUAAACGCGAACACAGCAUCCGUUAUAGCAGCACCUAGCUGUCAAAUCGCAUUUUUACCCGAAGAUUACUCCGAAGAGAACGCCAGCUACAAAGCAAUGGGAGAUCGCUUAGGAAAUUACGGCGCUGAAAAUACUCUUAACAUUCCAGUGUACGCGAAUUCACAGAGGGAAAUGCUGAUUUGCUCGCUUCCAGUUGGAUGCCCUAAAGAGGAGCACGAUAAUUGGUUACGUCGAGGUGUCGCAUUUCACUUGAAAUUAAUUUAACUUGUACUUAUGUGGAAUUAUUAGUGCGUAGUUUAAUUGUUAUUAUAAAAAAAAAAUG